UUGGUGUUGGUGAUUAUUCCCUUGCUGGCAGUCAACUCGGAGGCAACGUCGUCAUUCCCGACAAGAAGCUUGAAGUGAUCACAAGUGAAAAAGAUAGUGUCUAUAAAAAAAGGGAAGAAUGGGGCGACGCCAUUUAAUUUCUCCAUCUUUUCAUGCAGCGUCAUCGGUGUGGCAUGGGUUUUAAAUCGAUUGAGGAAGUGAGUUUCAAUUUUUCUGUGCGUCUAGUUUCAACAUUGGGAGGUGAUUUUCGAUGGUCUAAAAAUAACCAUCAUGGCUGCUGCUGAAAUGUGAAUCGACAAAUCGAGGACAAACUACUUGGCUUGUGCGACAGUCAUGUGAGUAUAUGUGUGUAAGACUCUGGGAGUUCGGAACGGUCCGGGCGUAAUGUCCGAACCGGAUCAUCCCAUGGGCGAUGCGUCCCGAUCCGUACAGGAUGGGGGACCAAGCUGGCAUCGGUUGCUCACGGAGAGCCACGGUCGGAGCAGCGGUGCCGAAAGUCUGUUGUCUGAAGCGAUGACUGUGACACACGAAGAAGAAGAUCAAAUCUCGAAUGUAUUUCAAAAUGAGAGCAUCGGGAAUUUUGAUUCAGGUAACUUUUCGUUUUCGGAAAGUUCCAACAAAGGAAAAGCGGUGACUGCAGGCAGUCCCGGAGGCCAACAAGAGCUUCAUCAGAGGUUUGUGCAGUUAAACACCGAGCUGUAUCAAGCCAAGACGGAGCUGCUGACGUACAAAUACAAAUGGAAUGAAAUCCGCAACGAGGUGGAGUUGCAGUGGAAUAAAAAAUAUCAGCGUACAGUAGACGAGAAAAUAGCACUGCAGCAAGAGGUAGAUGGCUUAAAACAGCAGCUGCAGGCGGCGGUUUGCUCCCUAGGCGGUAACGAACACGCUUUGGAAAUUUAUAAGGUGAGAUCCGAGAUCGAUCAGGUUAGAAUCCAAUUGGAUUGCAAGGAACAAGCAAACGGAAUCCUUAAAGAGAAGAUCGCGGAACUUUACUGUGAUAAAGAAAACCUCUCAUUGGAGGUUAGGAAGCUGGAAAAAAUGCUUCUAGAAGUACGAAGUGAAUUAAGCUCAACAAAAGCUUCCGAAGCUUGGUUUAAAAACGAAUUGCAUGUGUGCCAAAAUGUGAAUGCCAACUUGCGAGACGCUAACCUAUCAUUUGACAAUCGAAUAUGUCUGGAGAGGGCUCGUGGCGAGCGGUUGAAAGUAGAACUGCAGCAAGUGAUACGCAGUGCGGAGCAAGUCGAACGGAAUGCGGUAUCUGAGAAGUCGCAUCUGUUGGCGCGGCUCGAAUCCAUUGAAGCGUCUCGCCGAUCAGAGAAAGUAUCCGAUUUGAUAACACAAGAGCAUGUUCGCAAGUUAAAUGAUGCUUCGGAUAACAUUCAAUCGCUUCUCGAGUCGAACAAAAAUCAUGAGCGUGAAAACAAUCACUUGCGGUCGAAUGUUGAGCUGCUGCAGAGCACACUUUCCAAUCAGGAGGCACUCAUUCUGUCGUAUAAAAACAAAGAAGCGGAAAUUCUGAGCCGGGUCACUUCGUUGGAGUGCGACAUCAACCAGCUGAGAAAUGACAAGCGGAGAACGGCCGAGAAGAACACCGAACUGCAGGCGACAAUCGCGCGGCAAAGUUUCGUCAAACGAGACCUAGAUGUCAGCAUUGCGCAUCUGGGAGCGCAGUUGAAAGUUUUAUCGAUAAACUUUGAAAAUACGCGAAGGGCACUCGGUGUGAAGGAAUUCGAACUUGGGAAUCUACGGCAGGAGUUGAUCCGUGCGAACAAUCACUGCCAGGAUCUGACGAAGCACAAGAUGGAACUGGAGAGCUCGAUGAGGUUGAGUGAAUCGCAGGCGCGUGCCAUGUACGAGCAAUUGCUGGAUAAUUUCCACAGAAUCCAGUCGAGAAAUUUGGACCUUGAGCUGAAAUUGGGUCAGUAUGCUGAGCACGACGAAAAGUUUCGUAAGAGUGAAGAACUGGUCCAGAAACUGCGUCGGGAGAUUUCCGAUUUACAGGAGAAGAUUGUGCAGGAUGAAGAGGCGAGAUUGGACAUAAGUGGAAGUAGCAGUAGCAGCGCAGAAGGAAGCACGUGCGCGAGUAGUAGCAGUAGCGAAUCGAGGGGUAAGGAUGGUAAAGAUGGUAACGUGUGUCCAAAGCACGGGAAUGCGAUUCCAGAGGACGACACAAAGGAGCUCAAGAUACUGCUGAAGGUGGUCGAGAAUGAACAUCGUCAAAAGCUCAAACGGUACGAGUUGAACAAUCGAACGCUGUUCAAGAAGGUCAAGGAACAUAGUCGAGCUAGGAAGGUCGCAGAACAGCAGGUGGAGGCUUUGGAGAAAGAUGUUAGCAAAAUGAAUUCGCUGAAAUGUGAGAUGGCGGGAGUUCGGGAAAAGAAUAUGCUGUUGGAGAGCGAUUUGGAAGCGAUGGCGGCGGAAUGUCAUCAGCUGAAGAGUGAAAAGACUCGACUUGUGUGUGCCAUGGAAAACAAUUGCCUUCUGAAGGUGGACGAAGACAUAUGGACCGCAUUCAAACGGAUGUUCGUGGAUCUUCAUGAUAAACAGGUCACGGAUAAGGAGAACAAACGCCUGAAGGAGCUGCUUCAAAUCAGCGAAAGGAAGAUUUCUCAGCUUGAGGAUGAACUUAGGCAUUCGUUGUCAACUUCGGACGAGAAGAGUACGGUGAUUGAAAAUUUAAAGUUAUCGAACGAAUUGCAGCGACUGGAGUCGGAUGAGAUCCGUUCGGAGUUGACGGUGAAAAGUAUCCAGGUGGAAGAUUCGCACAGCGUGAUAACCGAUCUUAGUGCGGAGAGAAACUCGAUGCAAAGCACAUUGAACGAGCAGCGGAUGGUGGAAGAGAAGUUGCGGAAGGAAAUUGAUUUCCUGCUGCAGCAAAUGCAGGUACGAGAUGUGCAGCUGGAGACCGCACGGGAGAGGCUGCAACUGUUCGAGGAAUCCGAACGGAUAUUGUCCGAUUCGCGGCAACGUUUCUUCGACGAUUUGCAAGCGCUGAGAGAUGAGAUUCUGGUGGAAAAGCAGGAAAAACAGGAACUACGUGAUGAGGUGGUGGCACUGCGGGCCGGCAUGGCUCAGCUGAUGGAAGGUAGCGAUAAGAAUUUCAACUCGGACAGCCAACCGGACAGUGUCAACGUUUCAUCGACGGUUUCCGAAGGGCCGGCGGGAACGACUCCACCGGCGUACGACGAACGCACGCUGAAGGCAUUGGUGGAGGACUGUGCGCGGCAGCGGGAUCGGUCCGCCAUUCAGCCGCUGCAGGACUGCGUGGCAUCGCUCCGGUCCGAGAUGAACCGGUUGAAUGCGGUGGUGCGACAGAAUGGCGCCCAACGGUACCACGCGGUUUCGCUGAUGGAGGAACUCCAGGAUGCGACCAACGGUACGUACAAUACAAGAUGAGUUUAGGGAAGUGAAGGGGUUAGUAAGGGGGGCGGCUUCAUUGGCGCACUUUCAACUGGAGUGAAAGUGAUGAUCGAAUGAACUGAAACGGUAGGAUUGCUAUAAGUAAUUAGGAGUUUUUGGAUGAUCUUUUCAUAGCAGUAAGUGAACAAUUUCAAUCGAUGUUAGAAGAGCUCUAGUGAGAACAUCAAGACGUUGAAAAUAUUACGUCCUAGUCAGAUUUCUUACCGAGUUACUUUAGGUACGAAUCUCUAUUUUUUUUUUCAAAUUAAUCAUUGUUUAGAAGUUAAACUGAAUCACUCGCACCUUACACUUUGGGUCCGUUUUUUUUUAAUUUACAAUAUUCCAGUUUUAUCCAAUGUUUUAUUUGAGCCACCACCUGCUAAAAGAUAUAAACAGUUUAAGACAAGCCUACCGGAAUUCGAAUUCAAAUCUACUCACGUUUUCAAGAGCACAUUACUCAAUACGGAAGCAACGCACAACUGUCGUUUUCAUUAUUUCUGCUUUGUUGCGUUGCAGUAUGCGUGGAAUAAAAAAAUGACAGUUGCUUUCGUAUUGAGUGGUGUGCCAUAAGGGUUGCUGACGUUAAAUCAUCUUUCUCUUUCAAGUGCACAGCCAAGAUAGGAUUUGUUUUCAUCGGGAAACGUUUCUUGAUGAAAACAAAUGCUAUGCUGCCGGUGCGUUUGAAAAAGAAAGAUGAUUAAACGUCAGCAAGCUCUAUUGGAAACGCGAGUGAUAUUAGUUUGGAUUCCGAGCAAGACAAGCCGUCUUUAACGUUCGAUAAUUAGGCUUUCAGCAAUUGUGUACGUACACGCACAUUUCACUCACACUAUUACUCGGUUUGUUUGCAACCACGAGCAGCUGUCACGGCGAAAUCAAAUGGGAUUGUUUGCAACCACGAACCUGCGUUCGUGUUGGUGAGAAAUAUCGGCGAGACCCUAAUUGCAAACAUGUUAAGUGUCAUUUUUAACGAAUUCAAGUUGUUGAACAGCUGUUGGCUUGGUUGUGCUAAAAAGGCAAUCAACGCAGGGGGGUAAUAUGCGGUGCAUCGCGCCUCCUCUGCAUGUAGUAUGGAGCAAAUGUAAAUAAACAAUCCCACAAUUUUUUCGUUAGUCAGUAGUAGUGUAGGUUAACCAAUAUCCUACAAGAUUCCAGUUCGAAAAAUGUUACACUUGCCAAGCGGGGUGGCCCAGGGUGGCCCGCCUUUCCCAAGCGGCGAGGCCCGGAUAAUACAUCUUUGGUAGGCUUGAUUUGUUCGUGGAUGACAGGCUUACUCCCCCCUGAAUCAACGUGCAGCGCAUUCGAAUUUCAUACAGUACAUCUCCGUUAAUCCGACAAAUUUAUGUCCGGACUAUCGAGAUUUCUCUCUCCGAUUGUCAAAUCCAUACAAAUGAACCAAAACAAACUCGCAUUUGGAAACUGACAGCAUAUUUUGAUACUUUUCAACCCGGGAAAUUCCGAAUUAGCGAGAUGCAGACAGUCGUCGUAUUAGCGAGGUCUGGAAGAGAGGGGGGGGGGAUGUACUAUAUUUACGUUUAGUCUUUUGACAACUGCCCUGCCGUAAUCUGAAAAAGUGACGUAUACGCCAUUUUAAAAAAAUGGUGUUAACGAGUACUACUCAUUGAGAUCUCUUUAACAGAAAAAUGGAAAAACGCAUGUUGUAAAAUGGCUGUUACGUCACUUUUCCAGAUUACGGCAGUGCCUUGUUAUUGCAAUUGUUGUAUUGUAGAUUAGAAGCAUUGCUGUUAGGUGUCUAGUAGUUGUUUUCUGAUGUUAUGAAGUUUGCGUCGUUUGACAUAGAAAUAAUUUGGAUUGUUUACGUGUCAAAUGCCAUCCGAGAAGAAAUAGAUCCUCUGAUGUAGGAAGAAGCAAAUUAGAGGAACAGGUACGCUUGAUCACAAGAAAAUUGACUUACAGUGACCUCUCUGCUAUUUAUGCUGAAGCACAUCGAAUUUCGUUCUUCUCUAAUAUAAAUCUACUAUUAUUUUAAUAUAAGCACCGUAAU